AUGAUGAAACAUAUUAAAAUAAGUCUAUUGAUAUUAGUGAUUUGUAUAAUUAUUUAUUUAUUUAUUGAACAUAUCAAUCAUCGGGCAUAUGAAUUACUCAAUGAAAUUGAAUAUCGUGGGAAUCGUUCAAUCAAUCAAAUUGAAAAACGAACACAUCAACUAAUAAAUUCUACAAUAUUUGAAAUCAAUAAUAAAAUAACCGAACAAAUAAAUUCAGUUAUUGAUAAAAGUCAAAAAUACAUUCCAUUACAAAAUCCAUAUGGUGCUAAAACUUGUACAGAAUGGUUUGGAUGUUAUAAAGGUUAUUGUUGGGCAGGAUGUGCUGGUGCUUUUCCAUCUGUAACUGGCCCUGAAUGGUGUUAUACAAGAAAAUCAAAUGGAAAAAUUCUUUGUUUAGAAGAUAAAGAUUGUAAUGGAUGUUGGCGAUGUUCUAGUCCAUGUAGUGUUUAA